CUGUGAAAGAAGCCAGAGCAGUAUCUUCUCAGUUAGAGGACUGAGAAGCCAUGGAUUCUAAGCAGCAGACAGUGCAACUAAGUGAUGGUCACUUCAUCCCUGUACUGGGGUUUGGUACCUAUGCACCUCAAGAGGUACCUAAGAGUAAGGCUACAGAAGCCACCAAAAUAGCUAUAGAUGCUGGUUUCCGCCAUAUUGAUUCUGCUGCUAUGUAUCAAAAUGAAAAGGAGGUAGGACUAGCCAUCCGAAGCAAGAUUGCAGAUGGUACUGUGAAGAGGGAAGAUAUAUUUUACACAUCAAAGGUUUGGUGUACUUUUAAUCGUCCAGAACUGGUGAGAGUCAGCUUGGAACAGUCAUUGAAGCAACUCCAGUUGGACUAUGUGGACCUGUACCUCAUUCAUUUCCCAACGGCCAUGAAGCCAGGAGAGAAUUAUUUUCCAAAAAACGAGAAUGGAAAAUUCAUAUAUGAUGCAGUGGAUAUCUGUGACACCUGGGAAGCCAUGGAGAAAUGUAAGGAUGCAGGAUUAGCCAAGUCCAUCGGGGUGUCCAACUUUAACCGCAGGCAGCUGGAGAAGAUCCUGAACAAGCCGAGGCUCAAGCACAAGCCUGUGUGCAACCAGGUAGAAUGUCAUCCUUAUCUCAAUCAGGGAAAACUUCUGGAUUUCUGCAAGUCAAAAGACAUUGUUCUGGUUGCUUAUAGUGCUCUGGGAAGCCACCGUAAUAAGGAAUGGGUUGACCAGAGCUCUCCUGUUCUUUUGGAUGAUCCAGUUCUUGGUUCCAUGGCAAAAAAGUACAAUAGAACUCCUGCCCUGAUUGCUCUUCGCUACCAGCUGCAACGUGGGGUUGUGGUCCUGGCCAAGAGUUUCACUGAGAAGAGGAUAAGAGAGAAUAUGCAGGUUUUUGAAUUUCAGUUGACUAUGGAGGACAUGAAAGCCCUAGAUGGCCUGAAUAAAAAUAUUCGAUACAUAGUUGCUUCUGGCUUCGAGGACCACCCUGAUUUUCCAUUUUUGGAUGAAUACUAACAUGGAGGUUCAUGUCAUGCCUUGUGCCAGAAGUCACUGCAUGGGAAGAGUAUAGAGGAAGGGUACUUUCAAAAAGUGAUGAUUACAUAUCACCCUAAUCCAAGCUUCUGAGCAAUUCCUGCUCUUCUGAUUCUACAAUCUUAAGCAAGAAAGCACAACAAUGUAUAUUUCCCUUUUCUAAGAAAUAAAAGAAUCAUUUUUCUUUAGUAUUUA